CUUUACAGUCACCAUCUAAACCGAUAUAAAUUUAUGUGUAUAGAAAGGAAUAACGAACGCCACGAAUUAAACAUUAUGGGUUCUGAUGCACAAUCUAAGCUUCCUAUAGUUGACUUCAGAGAGGAAAAUUUGAUUCCAGGCACAAAUUCAUGGGUAUCAACAUCCAAUUUGGUCCGAUGUGCACUUGAAUCAUACGGCUGUUUUAUAGCAGUUUACGAGAAAAUCACUUUGGAACAGCGUAAUGAAGUGUUCAAAUCUGCAAAGGAAUUGUUUGAUCUUCCAGUGGAAACAAAAGUGAAAAAUAUUUCAAAUUUUGCUGGCUCCGGAUAUGGUGGGAACUACCCUAUCAUGCCACUCUUUGAAUACAUGGGAAUUGAAAAUGGAGCAAAUCUUGAAGCUACUAAGAACUUCACGAGCAUCAUGUGGCCUGAUGGAAAUGAUUGUUUCUGUGGUACAGCACAUUCAUACCGCAAGCUGCUAUUGGAAUUGGAUCAAGCAGUGAUGCAAAUGGUGGUUAACAGUUAUGGAGUGCAGAAAUAUUACAACCCCUUAAUUCAAUCGUCAUUUUACUUGACAAGAUUCAUGAAAUAUCGAGUCCCCGAGGAAAAUGAGAUUAAUAUUGGACUUAUACCUCAUACUGACAAGAAUUUUUUGACCAUAAUUGAUACAAAUCAUGUAAGAGGUUUGGAGAUAGAAACAAGAGAUGGUGAGUGGAUUGAUUAUCAGCCAUCGCCUUCCACUUACCUAGUCAUGGCAGGCGAGCCGAUGGUGGCAUGGAGCAAUGGACGAAUUCAUGCUGCGCUACAUAGGGUUGUCAUAAGAGGAGAAGAAGAGAAAUAUUCUAUUGGAAAUUUUUCCUUCAUCAAUGGGAUGUUGCAAGUACCAGAAGAGCUAGUUGAUGAUGAAAAUCCAUUGAAAUUUAAGCCAUUUAGUCAUCCGGCAUUUCUUGAGUACUGCAAAGAAGGGGGACCUACGAUGGAAAAUGCAAUUAAAACCUUUUGUGGAUUUUGAAUGCCAUUCCCAUCCAUUUAGAAUCUUCACAAAUCCGUGCCAUCUUGUGUAUCUAUUGCAAGCUAAGUAUAAAUAUAGCGAGUUUCAACGUGUGGUUAGGUUCAUCAGUUUUGCUGUUUCUAUAUUACUAAAUGAAAACUCUGGAGAGUGUAACUUUCUAUCAGUUAUUCAGAUAACUUGGAUUUUGGAGGUA